AUGUCGCAGUCUAGCGGCCCGCCCUCCUGGCUCUUCUCCAAUAAUACCAGCAACACAACGAAAGCGGCCGGGACAGUCGACGACACCGCCACUGGCACACACAAGAAAGCUGAUAAAAUGGCCAAGAAGAGCUCCAAGGCAGCCUCGUCUGCUCGGGCACAGGCCCCUUCUGCACCUCCCGCCGCUCUCUUGAACCUCGUCGGAAGCUUCCUGAACCAGCAUUCCUUCCCAAAGGCUCACCGCGCUUUCCAGAAGGAGAUUGAUGAGAAUGGCUGGGUGUCCGAAGCCUCAAAAGACGGCGACAACUCACUGAUUUCCAUCUUCCAGACCUGGGAAAGCGGUCAAAAUAGCAAGGUCGAGUCCGAAGCAGAGUCUGACGACGAGUCUAGCGAUGAAUCAAGCAGCUCGAGCUCAAGCUCGAGUGGAAGCGGAAACGUACGUCAAAGCGGAGCUAGUCUCACAACUUCUUCUGCUGUUGAAAAAUACACAAGUGCGACCAAGAACUUGAAGCGCAAGGCGCCAGUCGACUCUAGCUCCUCCGAGACCUCUGACUCCAGCAGUGCUUAUUCUGACUCCGGCUCUGGCUCCGGCUCCAGCUCAGACUCCGACGACGAGCCCCGAGUGAAGAAGCGAAAAACUGCCAAGGCAGUAGCUACGAAACAUGAACCGGCUAGCUCUGACUCUGAUAGCGACGAUGGCAGGAUGGACGUCGAUGGCGAUUCGUCGGAUGAGUCGUCAUCCCACAACGACAGUUCUUCUGAUUCCGAAUCCGGAAGCGACAGCACUAGCGAUAGCGGAUCUGAGGUUGCAGCGGCUGCCAAGGUAGCUCUUCCCGAGUCUGACUCUUCUUCCUCCGACUCGGACUCGGACUCGAGCUCGGACUCGGACGCGGACGCGGACUCGGCAAAGGUCAAAUUUAAAAAUUACGCCCAGGGUGCAGCAUCUAAGGACUCGUCUGACACUUCCGUAACUCUGGACAAUCAGUCGCCCGUCCCCAAGCCCAGGGUUGUAGAACCCCCUCUGCCUCCUAACCCAGUCAUCAAGGGUGGCAAAAAACAGAACGAACGAUUCUCGCGUAUUCCAAAGAACAUGAAAGUGGAUCCUCGAUUUGCCUCUAAUGAAUACGUCUCGAUGGACUACUCACGACGCGCUCACGAAGACUUGAUUGUUACAAAGGGCAAGGGCUUCACCAAAGAGAAAAAUAAGAAGAAAAGGGGCAGCUUCCGCGGCGGCUUGAUCGACAUUACCGAGAGAAAGGCUGUUUAUUUUGACUAG